GUAUAUCAUUGUAUUUUCUUUCUACAGUCUCAUGUUCAAGAGCUCUGUGUGGCUGACAACUAAAAGCGAGACGAACAAUAUGAAUAAAAAAUGAAACAAUGGAGAUUUCAUCAUCGAAGAACUGUGAUAUAACUAGGGGGCAUGAACAUUACCUCUGUCAUAUAUUGUUAUUGGGACAAGCGUCGCCCAUCGCAUUGAAGGCCAUAAUAGAACGAGAAAAGAAAAACUGUGGUAAAGAUAUUGGUAUUUUGUUAAAUGAGUAUAGCGGUGCGUUUAAAAUCGGGUACGAAACAGAGUAUCUUCAACUAUUGCAAGGAGAUCAUGUCAAUGAUGACAUUGAUACGUGGGACACUCUUCAAUUAUGUGCUGUGACAUUAGUUUUGUUUAAAUCAGAUCUAGAGGGUCCAGAAAUAAAAGCCAUUCAACAUAUAUAUGAUCAGAGAAAAGAUAUUGAAAAAUACGCCAAAUGUGCCUCCUUAUCAUUUAAGACCUACAAGGAGAAACAAGAUUUAGUGCACGAGCAGUUACUCGAGUUGAUAAAGCGUAUAGACCAAAGUGCUAAUUAUAAUUGUAAACGUAUGAUGUAUUCAUUUGAGCCUGAAUCGAUAAAUUUAAGCGAAAGUCAGGUAUGCAAACUAACCGGGACAAAAGAUGUCAAAACUCAUCUUCAAGUUGCAAUUGAAGUAAAUUUCGAAACACAGAGUACACUUACUGGUGAAGAUAACACUCAAGUGCUCCACACAAAUGACCAAAUCUUCAUUGAAGAACUUCAGAACAAGAUUGUCUAUAUCAAUGAUUCAGUCGUUUUAAGAUGUAAACUUAACACUCCAGUGGGUGAUAAUGUUGAGUGGAGAAAAGAUUGUAAGCUGAUCAAAAUUACAGACAAUAUGGUAUUCAUGAGCAACCAUUGCACCCACUGGUUAUCGAUAACACAAGCAUCAGUGGAAGACACGGGAAAAUAUUCGUGUGUAUGUGGCCAUAUUUCAACAUCUGCUGAUCUAACUGUUAUAGAUGAAGCAUUGAGUGUUGUCAUUGAUUUGCCAAUCAAGUCAGAAGUUAUUGAGAAUGGAAACAUUGAUAUAGAGUGUAAAGUGAACCUGCUAACAUUAAGUAAACCGGUUUGGCGAUACAAAGGGAAAAUUUUAGAAUCUUCUGAUAGAUACGUUAUACUAGCAAAGGGAACUACACACAAAUUGACGGUCAUGAAUGUAACAUUUCAAGAAGAGGGUGAAUAUACAGUUGACUUUGGAAAGGUCUCAUCUAAAACAACUUUGAUAGUACAAGGUGAUAAAGAAGUUCUACACAGGAAUCAACUUAUAGAGAAGCUAUAUAGAAAUUGGGUAAGAGGGGCUCUGGCAUUAAAAUACCUGAAAGUAGGUUUAGAAGCAUUUUCUGACAAGGCCGUAAAGAGUCAACAUGAUGAUAUAGUGUCAGCAUUUAAAGGCGCAUGCAAUUCUUGCACAGAGAAAAGUCUUAUUCCACAUAAACAAGAUCAAUGUCCACGCCAAAAGAAGCAUCUAUGUCUUUGUUCCAUUAAUACAAAAAAUAAAAAACAUAAAUCGACGAAAAUGUGUCCAAAUGGAGGAUAUUGUGGCAAAUUCUAUGAUCGAAUAGUUUGUGAUCAUCGAUUUCAUGAUCCAUUAUUAGCGAACACCGAUAUCCAGAAAUGGAGCAGUGAUCCUUGGAGUGUUGCUACAUGCUUUAUAAAUACGUCUGGCUACAAAGACAAACAAUCGGCUAAAGACGUUGACUGCUCAGGCCUACUAAGUUUGUGUAUAAACAACAUUUACAUAGACAUGUUGCUUGGAGAAGUUAUCAUAGAUCCAUUUGCACAGGCACGGGAAGCGCGAAAUGAUAUUCUUCACAGUCCAAACUAUGAAUUGUUUGAAAAUCAACUUAACAAGUAUAUAAAAACAUUUAAGGAAGUAUUAGAAAUCAAGGACAAAUAUGGCAAUACACCGCUGAAAAGGGAGUCAGGCGUAGAAGAGGCAUUACAUUUAUUAGAUAUGGUGCAGCAAAAUCAGAUUGAGAUAAACCUUGAACACGAGGUAAGACAGCUGAGAGAACAUGGGAUGCUUACAUUAGAAAAGAAUUACCAAACGGCAAAAGAACAGCAUGAAUUGAAACUUCAACUGAUAGAACAACAGAUUAAAGAUAAAGAAAAUGAGCUUCGGCUGAUGAAAAAUCUUAGGUCUGCAGGAACACAAAAGGAUCUAGAAGAACACUUCUUGCUUGAUCUACAGAUAAAAGUGAUUGCUAAGAAUGUUGAAAAAAGUACUGACGGGAAUCAGAAAGUUUAUGAAGUAAUGAGAGAUUAUAUCAAAAAUAAAUAUGAUAAGACUGGAUCUCCUUUGGAUGUAAGAUCAACUGAUACACCAGUCUAUCACCUCCUUGAUUACAUCAAGACCAUAGAAAAAUGCAAUAUCGUUAAUAUUUCUCUCACUGAACAAUCUUCAACCGACAUACAAAUCAACUGUCUCAGUUCUGUGGCCAUGGAAGAUUUUCUUAAGAGUAUCAACUGUAACGAGUUUGAACAAGAACUGUUUAAGCUUAGACGAUGGUUAUAUGUGCAAUAUGACAUUGAAUCCCAUGUCAUAAUAGCUAAUUGCUCGUCAAAAGGCAUAGAAAAAGCAAACAAACGCCUGCACUUUACUGGUGUAACCAGAAAUAUGACUUGUGCAAAUCAUCAAAAUACACAAUGUACUCUCUAUUGUCCUGACCAUGACAUGUUUUUCUGCACAGCCUGCAAGGAAUCAAAACAUAGCACCUGUCAUGGCAUAAAACAACUUAUGUCUGAAAAGUCUUGUGUUGAACAGAAACGUCAACUAAACCUCAAAAGUACACAAGGAUCAUAUAAUGUUAGCAUAAAUAAUACAUUGAUAAAUAGAGACAGCAAUGAUAAAUCAAAGUGUCAUAUCUUUAGUAUGUGUAUGCUUCCUAAUGGCGAAGUUCUCCUUGCUGAUAGCGGGAAUAAAAGACUGAAGAAAUUGAACAGUUCGUACAAGGUAAUCAGUUACUGUGAUGUAACUGCAAUUCCCCUUUCUGUAUGUUAUAUAGGCAACGAUACAGCUGUUGCUAGUUUAGGAGAUGCCAUACAGUACGUGAAUGUGUCUGGUAAUAUAACCCGUAGACAAUUAGUGGAGCUAAAUCAUAAUUGUUACGGUCUAGCUUGUCUAGGUGACAUACUCUAUGUUCAUAGUGAUAACAAAAUUUACAAAUUUGACAAAGAUAAAUGUGAACAAAAAUACGUUCUCUAUCAAUUAAGUAAAAAUCUGCACACUGUCCCAUACAUGUUUGCAAUUGCUAUAAGCGACAAUGGGGAACGAGUCUACUUCGGGACUAAUACAGGUCUAACUACAAUAGAUGCAGAAGGAAAUCAUAUAUUCAGUUCAUACAUUGGUGAUAAAUAUGAUGCUUGUAUUGCAGGAGAAGGUAUUGUUCUUGUAUUUAAUACACUCGUAUAUAGCAGUCUUCUUCAGCUAGAUUAUAAUGGAAAAAAACAUCGGACUGUAGAACUGAAUUCCAAACCAUUUGAUACCACUUCGAUGUAUUCUAUGUGUUUUGACAGAGAAAGAUGUAGACUUAUUGUUGGUAGUAGGUAUGACAUGAUAUAUGUUUACAAUUGUGAGAUUUUGCCAAGUUAGUUGAUAAAAUUGUUUUGGUAAACCAUGAACCAAAUGAAAAAUCCCUGCUAAACUAAUUUUAAUAACCAAAUCAAUCCAAUUAAUAAUUUUGUAAGUUGGCUGAUUUCUUCCUCUUAUUGAUCUUGAAUGUACAUGUAUUUGUAAUUACAUGCAUAUAUUACAUACAUAUUUCAUAAUAAAGGUUGAAUAGUUACAA